AUGCCUAGGCUGAGAAUAGGAGCUACCUUUAAACUGGACCACAGUCUCAUCUACCAGGAUGGAGAGGAUUCAGAGCUUCACUCCUUAGAGACAGACCUGGCCUUGCAGCUCCAGAUCGUUGAAGCGGCUCGUAGACUCUCAGUGGAGGAGCACCUGUCCAAACCACAGAAGAAGAGCAGGCUGCAGCAGUGUAACAGGGAAGAGAGGAAAGUCAAGGAUCUCCAGGAAGCUGUGUUUCAGCACAGGAUCAGGAACGAUUGCUCCUCUCCACCGACCAACAAGAAGAACAACAACACAGCCAAACACAAUCUGUGCAUGUCUGACGACAGCUCCCUGUCUGAUGCAGUGGCCCUGGACGAUGACUCUCUCUCUUCCUCAUCGUCUGUAGACCCACUCAUACAGUCCUCUUUGGGCUCCCUGUCCUCAGCCCAGAGCCAGAGCCUCGGCUCCAGCUGCAGUGUGGAGCAGACCCAGACCCAGAGCCAGAGCCUCGGCUCCAGCUGCAGUGUGGAGCAGACCCAGACCCAGGGCUCCAGGAUGGGCUCCAGCUGCAGUGUGGAGCAGACCCAGACCCAGGGCUCCAGUCUCGGCUCCAGCUGCAGUGUGGAGCAGACCCAGACCCAGGGCUCCAGGAUGGGCUCCAGCUGCAGUGUGGAGUUUCCUGAGCGCUCCCCCAUCCAGAACUCCCCCUGGAGGGAGUCUAAUCUGGACCAGCCCUAUCUGAAACCUAACACACCCCUCUCUGUCUGCAGCAGCAGGCCCAGCACCCCAGUAGGGACCCCAGUGUUCCCUGCAGACAGCAGAGUCCUGCCCUCCCACUUCCCCUCCAUUAAGAACAUGGCUCUGAGACAUGGACAGACCAACUCCUCCAGCGCCCCCUCUACUCCAGAGCUGCACGUACGCAGACAGUACUCCCAGUCCUUCAGGCUUCCCAGAAGUCAGUCACUCAUGACCUGGGUGAGGGACGUGGGCGAGCCAGGUUGCCACGCCGACGGCCAGAGUUCCUGGUUCGGUCUCCACAGUAUGCCCACCAGCGGCUGUACCAGUCCAGCUCUGAGGACAGCAGCUCUGAACACUCUCUCCCCUCCUACACCAGCCCCCUUAGCGGCUGUACCAGUCCAGCUCUGAGGACAGCAGCUCUGAACACUCUCUCCCCUCCUACACCAGCCCCCCCAGCCGGGACAGGGAUAAAGAUAAUCACAAAGACAGGGAGGGCCCCGCAUCCACCGAGAUCCCCAAGCUCUGCCCUCCUCCCUAUGGCUUCCACUACAGAGCCCAAAGUCCGACCAGCCCUGCGUUGAAUGUCUCCAACAGCCCCAGCUUUUACAAGAGUAACACCAAGCACCAGUCCUCUCCCAGCUUGAGAAGAAGAAUGGCGGCGGAAGGCACCUGUUCCCCUCUUUCCCCACAGGACCUGGAUAGUCCCUUGGGGAGGGUUCUUCACCUGUCCCCCUCCCGGCCCCCCCAGCAGCAGCACAGAUACUGGCAGCAGGCCCCCCACCGUCAUCCCCCAGGAGAGUUCUGAAGCCUCCACCCCCCUACACCCGCCUGGUACGUACCCCGUCACUGAGGGAGUACCCCAACCAAUCCGCCCGGGUGCUGCCCAGGGAGAUGGCGUCAGAGCUCAAGUCCUGGAACCAGCGGAACCAGUUCCAGAACCAGUUCCAGAAGACACACCCUGGUUCCCUGGAGCGCCUGGGGUCAUUGAGAGUGAAGAGCCCCACAUCCCCUCACCUCCCACCCUACAUGCAGGGUCCCCAUCAGAAGCUGGUCCUUCAGAGGGCUGCAGAUGGAACUCCAGUACAGUGGUUCGUUGAGCCAGAGCCAGGUGUAACCACAGCCAUAAACGGUAUACGGUACAUAAUAUAUAUUAUAUGUAUAUCUAUGCAGUAUAUGGCUCUGGCUGUAACCCGGGGGAGUUGCCCUACUGCAGUAAGCUAUGCUAAACACGAUGAGGGAAGGACCUUCUCUAGAGGAUUGAGUAUGUCUGUAUUUAUUUAGUCAAUGGACUCUCUGUUAGAUUAUAUGUCCCUGGUGAGGGACAACUGUCCUCGACAAAAUGCAGAAGAAGACCUUGGCUCCAUGGGUAGUUGGGUACCAUGAUAAGUAUCUAGCUUUAGCACUAUUUUAUCUAAUGCUUUAUGUAAAGCAAGUUUGACAUUUCUAUAAAACACGCUUUGCCAAUUUAUUUAUUUUAUUUGAAAAAUAAAGUUAUUAUU